UGAGUUUCUCACAACUAAGAAUCAAAUCACUACUAUACAUACUCUCUUUGAGUGUUUGGUAUAAGAUGGGCCUAAAAGGGAAGCUACUUGGGCAGAUAGAGAUAAGUUUUCAUGGAGAUUUAUUUCAUGAAAUCCUUGGAGCCAGACCCCAUCAUCUGCCUUCUAUGAGCUCAGUUAUUCAUGAAGUCGAUGGCCAGUGGGGAACUCAGGGCUGUACCACCAAAUAUAAAUAUACCCAAGGUGGAAAAACUGAAGCCGCGGAAACUGUUAUGGACAUCAUAGAUAAUGAGAAGAAAAUUGUGAAAUACAGAAUCGUAAAAGGUGAUAUCUUGAAUUCCUAUAAGAGUUUCAUUGUAACAUGUGAAGUUGAAACUAAUGGGGAUGACAAGUUUGUGACUUGGACUGUUGUGUAUGAAAAGCUCAAAGAGGAAAUUCCUGAACCACUUAGCUAUAUGGAGUAUUUUUUUACAGUGACCAAGGAAUUGGACGAUCACCAUGCCAAGCUGAACCCAUGAAUAUGGGUGGUAAUAAUAAUGAAAAAUAAUAAUAUAUUAAAUAAUGGAUGCUUUAUGAUGUAUCGUAUCAGUGCCUUUAUAUUCAAUGUGUGUAAUGUGUGUUAUGUAAAACAAGUAAGGAAUUAUUUCCUUGAAGUUCAUAAAUAAAAUAAUAUGGUAUUUUAUAAUAUUUAA